AUGAUCAAGAAGGUCUUCCUUGCAACUCUGCUCCUUCUGCUGUGUGCAGCUACUAUACAAGGAAUGCCAACCUCCAGGAAAGGGUACUGUCUCUGCCGAGGGAAAGACAUUGCCUCUGUCCAGAUCCACCGCAUCCUUCAAGUGGAAUACCACCGGCCAAGUGCCAGCUGUGAUCGGGAGGAGCUGAUAGUCACGUUCAAAGACAACAGGACAAAAAGAUGUUUGAAUGUUAACUUGGAACAAGGCAGGAGAAUAAAAGAGGCAGUUAUGAAGAAAAAGAAACAAAGAUCACCGGACAGGGAAUAG